AUGGGACGACGAAGCAAGCAACGCCGGCGGGGAAACGACGAGCAGUGGCAGGAAGCGCUAAGCGAAGCGAAGGUCCCGACCGCGCAGCAGGCGGCGAAAGUACAGACCGGAGUGAGCCCGGCGCAGGGUAAUUUACAAGCGGUAGCGCAAGGCGGACCAGCCGCCCCAGCCACUGCACCAGAGCCCGAAGCCGAUAGCGGGAAACAGGCUCCCAGUAUAUUGUCCAGAAAGAAGCACCGUAGGCGCCGACACCACAAAGGCUCGGGGAAGUUGGAAAACAAACCCUCAGAUCUCGACAAGGGACUGAGCAGCGAGCCGGAGAACGCCUACGGGUCAGGAGUUGACUCUAAGGGAUCCGUCAUCAGCGUAGACAUGCCGGCUCUCAAGACCUUUCAAGGACCAGCGGCGGCGUACGCGUGGCCGGCCCCUACCUGUGCGCCAGAGGUCCAGCAGGAACCCUUUGACGCGCACACUCAGCUUCCACCGUCGCAAAUGCAGCAUCCAUGGGCGCUGCAGCCACAAACGGCACAGCUUCCGCAAGACGUACCGUGGCAACCGCAAUCACAACAACUGCAAUUGCCACCACAACUAGCACAACCUCCGUUGAUGCCUUCUUUUGGUGUUCCGGAUCCGGCGGUGGGCCCAGAGACCUUCGCUGGGCCUCUGCAGACAGGAACAACGGUUCUGCCGCCCGCACCGACAGUUGCAGACGCAGCAGCAGAGGCUGCUCACGCUGCAGGUGCGAGAGCCCCUGGAUUCCUUGCCGACAUCUCCCAGCUCAGUGAUACGAAUUAUUCGGCCUCGUCGACAGGACAGCCUGCGGCAGCCUUGCGAGACAGCCUGCAAGACAUGGCGAUGCGUGCCUUGCCACCAACGCCUGCAGCUCGCAGGUCAUCGUUGCAAAAAAGUGACGUGCAGAAGGCCGAGAAGAAGUCGAGAUUCGUGGACGCAACAACAUGUACGACUGAUGUCAAGAAGUUCGAAGAGCAGCCACCGAAAGAAGCACCCCCUCGUGCGCCUGAGGCGCCACAGGUGAAGCCCGAAAGGAGUGAACGUGAGAAGAAGCUCGCAACACCGGGAGCCAAGGAGACCGCAAAGACCGCAACGCCCGAGACCCCCAAAGCAGAAAAGUUGGGCAGCUCCGAGGAGUUCUACGAAGAGAUAGCAGAAUUCGUGGAGCCAGAUAAGAAAGCGGGAGGAAGCCAGCGCAAGCGCGUCAUCCGCAAAACCACCAGGUCCCGAAAACAUGACGUCACUGAGGAGCCUUGGGAGGAUGGCAGUCCUAAAGGCAGCGCGAUACCAACCCUUCCCCGCUGGGAAAACAUACAGCCGUCUACAUCCAGAGCAGACUACUCCGACUCAGUACCCCAACUACGCUGGGCCAUCUUGGCUGCCAUCUCGGCCGGCUAUCUACAAUGA